AUGGGAUUCAUCCAAGGUCUACACGUCCGGCAGCUGGACGAAGUCGGGCCGCCUCUGAUGGAGAGACCAACAGUGUUUCCCAUCCCGGUGCAAACCCAGGCUCCCACACAAACGCAGAGGGCUCCCGCGGCGACAGAAACACCACCGCCGUCAUCGACCGUGGUGCAAGCGAGCGCCGCACCGAUAAUCUCGAGCAUCUCAAAUACCACGAGCAUCGCUGCUGGGAAAACAAGUCCUGCUCCACAACCGGGGAUUAAUGUCCAGGGCAGCAACGGAACCGCAAACGCAACUCCCUCGAGCAACCCGGAGACGGCCCCCGACAUGGCUGACGGGAACGCCACAUCUUCUGACAGGUCUGCCGUCAUUGGCGGAUCGAUAGCCGGUGUCAUUAUUGCCCUGUUCCUCUUCUUCCUGCUGUACAAGUACCGCAGGCAAAUCACGUCCUUGUUCAGGCCCAAGCCCGAGGACCCUGAAGAGCCCAGCUUCGUCGACGAGCUGGAGCGGCAAAACACGCGGCUGAGCAGGUUCGAGGACCGCUGCGGCGGCACCAGCGUGUCGGACGGCCGGCCCCAGACCGCCUCUACCGUGCGGGAGCUGCAGCCGCACUACUCGUUCGCCACGUCGGUGCCCACGCUAGCCGGCAGCCCGGCGACGUCGCAGCACUCGCUGGCCCCGUCGUCCCGCAGGAGCGGCGAGAUGACGCUGCCGCCGCCCCAGAAGCCCCGCGAGGUCCGGUACCGCCUCCCGCUGUACCACAUGGAGGACGACAGCUACGACAACAUCGAGCUGGACCCCUGCGAGCGCCUCGAGCCGCCCUCCCUCUCCGGGAGCGGCGACGCCGCCAUCAUCCGCCAGGGCCCCUGCCGGACCCCCAGCAGCGCGAGCGCCAGGGCCGUGGCGCUGGCCUGGUGGCAGGCCUCGGGCCCCUGCCGGACCCCCAGCAGCGCGAGCGCCAGGGCCGUGGCGCUGGCCUGGUGGCAGGCCUCGGGCACCUGCGAGUCGCCCAAGGCCCGCUACUCGUACCUCGAGGCCAAGAAGUCGGCGCCCACCCCCGUGGUGCCCGAGCUGCGGACCCCUUCGCGCGCCGAGGUCUGCGACGACGGCGAGGUGUCCGUCGCGAGCGUGUCGGUCGCCAGCUCCAUGUCGGGCGUGUUGAUGAUGGAGGAAGGGUCGUCCGUCGUUGGCACCACGAGGAGCCCCAGCGCCCGGAGCGACAGGCCGAGCUCCGUCUUCAGCAAGCGGUCCGACAGCUUCGUGAGCGCCGCGAGCAGCUUUGAGAAUUACCCCCGCGAGGACCGCGACACGGCUGCCGCGGGCGAGAUGGAGAUGGACAACGACGCGUAUGGUGACGAGCAUGAGGACCUCGACUUUGAGAUGUUGACCGAGGGCGACAGCACCAUCAUUGCCGUGGCCACAACCUCUGCCAGGUCCAGCAUCCAGGAGAUCGACGUGACGAGCUCAAAAUCGCUCUCGAGGGCGCAGACUCUCAACGGCGGAGAGAACUCGCAGUGCAUGCCGAUCCAUCCCAAGGAUCAGGGGCCCGUGGUUCAGUUGAAGGUGGUGGAAGCAGAGCAGACGGACGAGUCCUCGGAGGAGCGCGAGCGUGAUUUAGAGGUGGAUGAGUACCCAAGCGAUGAGUACCCUAGCGAUGACUACCAGAGCGACGAGGACGCUGGAUACGAGUCGUCCGUAAUAGAAGAGGACUACGCAGCAGUACCCUCGACCCACUCUGGAGAUGCACGCAAGCAGUCCAUCGAGGAGCCCAGAGACAGGGAAUGGAGUCCAGAAGUGCUGGAAACUAUAAGAGAGAGCAGGGAGCUUCUGAUGUCAAGCGAACAACUGCCCACGUCGAGGGAACUACUACCCGUUCAAACCGAAACACCCUUGCAGAGGGAAACCUUCUUACCAGAGAUCUCAUUCGAGGAUGACAAGGGCUUCGACUUUGGCUUUCUUCCAUAA